GUCACUGCCGCAGUUAGCAUCAACAGACAACGAUAGUUACGAUAACAGUAAGAAGUUCUGUUUUCCGUUCCUUCACCUUCCUUGCCAUGCUGCUAUUUCCUCGGUAAUCCCUAAUUAUCUCGGAAAAUUUUGUAAACAUGGAUUUCGAUGACGAUUUAGAUGAUUUGGAGCAGUUUGUGCAAACUAAUUGCACUAAUCUGAACCGAGGCACGAGUAAAUCCGAUGACAACCUUCGUGGAAGGGUGUAUCGCUGCUUUAAUUCGAGCCCUAUACCAACGGAAUCUGGUUCUCUCUCGGGGGACUGCAGACCAGGAUCUCCUGCUUCCCAGCCGAAAUACCUAAUAACGAGUCGUACACGUAAGAAGAAGAAGAAAACAGUUCCUCCGCCACUGAGUCUGGAACGUGAAAAUAUCUGCUCAUCCGUUAAGAACGGUUUGUGGAAGCCAUCCAUUCAGGAGAGCAACGCUUUGCGCACUUUACAGGAUUCCUAUACUCGUUUAAUUCGAUUCAAGGAUUAUUACUUCGAUUAUUUCCCCAUUGAAAGAGCUGCUUCGCGGAAUCAGGACAUCGCUAAAAUUUUGAACACGACCCUAGAAAGAAUCUCACACUUGAAAGACAUUUUUAAGCCACGAAAUCGUUCCUGGUUUUAUGCUUAUCGCAGCCUAUGCUUGUGUGUCGACGGACAGCGGUCUGACGAAGCGUUUGGUGAACUUAAAAAGUCGGCCAAACAUCUUGCACAUUUUCCGCCAUUGUGGAUUGCCUUAGGAGAGCUUUUCUGGGAACGCAGUGAUUAUUUCUCCGCGGUGACAUGUUUCGAGAAAGCGGCUAUGCUUGAUCGUAGUGAUGUCGUUGCGGUGUUGAAAAUAUCCUGUGCAAUGCGUCUUCUACUUAAUUACGAAAAGAAUCAUACGGCAAAAUGUGAAAUGCUGUUGAGAAUGCUUAAGUUGGCCAAAGAAGCUGUCACUAGAGCACCAGAAAAUGGGGAGACCUGGUACAAUUUAGGAAACGCAUUGCUGGUGUUUUUCAACAUUAAAUCUCAACCGCGCCUUGUCUGUGAAUCGCUAAAUGCUUUUAAUAAAGCGUCUGCCUCUCCUUUGCUUUUCGGUCAAGCCGAGUUUCAUUACAAUUACGGCACAGCGAAUCUGCUUAAUGGGAACUAUCAGGAAGCUUUGUCGAUGUGGGAAAAGGCUUCCGUGCUGGACCCGACUUGGAACGAUCCUAAAAGCAAAAUGAAUGAUUUGCUGAAGUAUCUGUUCUUUAUUAGUGAACUGAUAUCUGGAAAAGACAGGAGUUUCCGAAGACGGGUGAAACAAUUGGCAGAUUCCGUUCCGGUCAAAAAUCUCAGCAGUUUGUUGAUUGAUGAGGGAUACCAGUCACACAAAGUCACUCCCAUCCGACAGCUUCACGUGGGAAAAAAUGUCCACGCUGUAGUUCAUGGCAAAAUUUAUUCGACAUCAUAUCAAACACCUGAUCCUUCAAGAUUGCUCUUUUUGAUCGACUCAUCCAGUGAUGCAAUCCCUGUGAUAAUUUAUAAUAUGGGAGUGGAGUUCAGUGGGGGCUCUAUUUCUGUUCCUGAUCCGGUAGUUCAUAAGGUCGAGGUUCACCAUAAGGCACAGACCAUUUGUUUUUCUUAUAUCCGAGUGGAUGAACCAUGGACGAUGUAUCAUAAUCUCAUAAAAGUUCCUCAUAGUAAAUGUGCUUCUACAGUAGUGCUUACUUCUGUGCCGCAGAAAAGUUAGAUCAUAAACAAAAUUGUACAGUAAGUACCAGUUAUUGAUUAAGAUUGGCUGAAUCCAGUACUUAGUACUUACCUGUUUAAGAUCAAUUUUUUAUUGCUUUUAUUCUUUUUUGUGGCUGCACGCAUGUGAUUGCUUGAAACGAGAGUGGAUUAAAGGUCUCA